GUUUCAGAGACCUCUGAUUGGUUUGGGGGGAGGUUCUCAAACUCCCGGCGCUCUGCCUGGGAAUCUAACAGUGUCUAUAAAGGCUGCUGAUCACUCCACAGUUCAGACUGAUUUCCUGCACACAAGCUGUGUUUAUUGUCAAUAGGAAAAUGGUUAGUCGAAUUGAGCAUCCGGCUGGUGGCUACAAGAAAAUCUUUGAGACAUGUGAAGAGUUGAAUGAGCCUAUUCCUGCUGUGGUUGUAGGUGUGAUCCCAGAAUGGCUGAGCGGCAGUCUGUUGCGUCUUGGACCCGGCCUGUUUGAGGUGGGGGCUGAGCCUUUCUACCACCUCUUUGAUGGCCAGGCCCUCAUGCACAAGUUUGACCUAAAGAACGGCCAUGUGACAUACUAUCGGAAAUUUGUCAAAACAGAUGCCUAUGUACGAGCCAUGACAGAGAAAAGAGUGGUCAUCACUGAGUUUGGAACAGCAGCCUACCCAGAUCCUUGCAAAAAUAUCUUCUCAAGGUUUUUCACCUACUUCAAAGGGAUUGAGGUGACAGAUAAUUGCUUAGUGAACGUGUACCCUGUUGGUGAGGAUUUCUAUGCCUGCACAGAAACCAACUACAUCACCAAAGUGGACCCAGACACACUGGAGACUCUGAAAAGGGUGGACCUGUGUGACUACCUCUCGGUCAAUGGAGUGACAGCUCAUCCACACAUUGAAAGUGACGGAACAGUGUACAACAUUGGGAACUGUUUUGGGAAGAAUAUGUCACUGGCCUACAACAUUGUCAAAAUUCCUCCCACACCGAAAGACAAGUCAGAUCCCAUUGCAAAGUCCAAGGUUCUUGUGCAGCUCCCCAGCAGUGAGAGAUUCAAACCCUCCUAUGUUCACAGCUUUGGAAUGACAGAAAACUACUUUGUCUUCGUUGAGACUCCAGUGAAGAUAAACCUUCUAAAAUUCUUGACCGCUUGGAGCAUCUGGGGCACAAAUUACAUGGAUUGUUUUGAGUCAAACGAAACCAUGGGUACAUGGUUCCAUCUGGCUACAAAGGACCCAGCUGAAUACAUAGAGCAUAAAUUCAGGACUUCUGCCUUCAAUCUCUUCCAUCACAUCAACAGCUAUGAGGACGAUGGCUUCAUCGUUGUUGACCUGUGUACUUGGAAAGGUCAUGAGUUUGUCUACAACUACUUAUAUCUGGCCAACCUGCGGGAGAACUGGGAGGAAGUGAAGAAAGCUGCUAUGAGGGCACCUCAGCCAGAGGUCCGGCGAUACGUUCUGCCCAUGGACGUCCACAAGGAGGAACAGGGGAAGAAUAUGAUAUCCCUUCCGUACACCACAGCCACUGCAGUGAUGCGCAGCGAUGGAACCAUCUGGCUGGAGCCCGAGGUUCUGUUUUCUGGACCACGACAAGCUUUCGAGUUCCCUCAGAUCAACUACAGUAAGUUCUCUGGGAAGAACUACAGCUAUGCCUAUGGACUGGGCCUGAACCACUUCAUCCCUGACAGGAUCUGCAAACUGAACGUGAAGACUAAGGAUACGUGGGUGUGGCAGGAGCCAGACUCUUACCCCUCAGAGCCCAUCUUUGUGCAGACCCCAGAUUCAGUGGAGGAAGAUGACGGGGUGUUGUUGAGCAUCGUGGUGAACCCUGGAGCAGACCAGAGGCCAGGGUACCUCCUCAUCCUCAAUGCCAGAGACCUGACAGAGAUCGCACGGGCUGAGGUGGAGGUCAUCAUCCCUGUCACCUUCCAUGGAAUGUACAAGCCUUAGGACUACAUUCUCAACACAUCUACAAUACCACUCCACAGGAGAAAGGGACAAUCAUAAUACUAAAACCUUUGUUGGGUAUGUUUAAAAAAAUAAAUAACAUCACUGAUGUAGCCUGUUCGUGGCUUAGUUUCAAAGUCAAUGUUGUGAUAUACACUGUACAAAAGUAUGUGGACAGCCCUUCAAAUUUGUGGAUUGGGCCAUUUCAGCCACAUCCGUUGCUGAAAGGUAUAUAAAAUCACACAGCCAUGCAAUCUCCAUAGACAAACAUUGGCAGUAGAAUGGCCUUACUGAAGAGCUCAGUGACUUUCAAUGGGGCAUCCUACCAACAUAGGAUGACACUUUUCCAACAAGUCAGUCAAAUUUCUGCCCUGUUAUGAGCUGCCCCGGUGAACUGUAAGUGCUGUUAUUGUGAAGUGGAAAUGUCUAGGAGCAACAAUGGCUCAGCCGUGAAGUGGUAGGCCACAAGCUCACAGAACGGGACCGCUGAAGCAUGUAAAUAUCAUCUGUUGCAACAUUCACUACCGAGUUCCAAACGGCCUCUGGAAGCAACGUCAGCACAAGAACUGCAUUCUCUGGAGUGAUGAAUCACGCUUCACCAUCUGGCAGUCCGAUGGACGAAUCUGGGUUUGGAGGAUGCCAGGAGAACUCUACCUGCCCCAAUGCAUAGUGCCAAAUAUAAAGUUUGGUGGAGGAGGAAUAAUGGUCGGUGGCUAUUUUUCAUGGUUUGGGCUAGUUCCCCUUAGUUAUAGUGAAGGGAAAUCUUAACGUUAUAGCAAAUGACAUUGUAGAUGAUUCCGUGCUUCCAACUUUGUGACAACAGUUUGGGGAAGGCCCUUUCCCGUUUCAGCAUGACAAUACCCCUGUGCACAAAGCGAGGUCCAUACAGAAAUGGUUUGUCAAGAUCGGUGUGGAAGAACUUGACUGGCCUGCACAGAGCCCUGACCUCAACCCCAUCGAAGACCUUUGGGAACGCCGACUGCAAACCAGGCCUAAUUGCCCAACAUCAGUGCCAGACCAUACUAAUGCUCUUGUGGCAAGUCACCAACAUCUAAUGGAAUACCUUCACAGAAGACUGGAGGCUGAUAUAGCAGCAAAGUGGUGACCAACUCCAUAUUAAUGCCCAUGAUUUUGGAAUGAGAUGUUCCACAAGCAGUUGUCCACAUACUUUUGGUCAAGUGUUGUAUCUGUCAUAACCUUGACCCUCAAACUCAGACCUAAAGGUCUAGUGCUCAUUAGCUUUAAUGGAACCAUGUACAAAGUUUUCCCACAUUUUGUUAGCUUGAAUUUAAAAUGGAUUAAAUUGAGUCACUGGCCUACAUACCCCAAAUGUCAAAAUUGAAUUGUUAUAUUGAAAUGUUAACCCCUUUAAGGCAAGCCUAAAUGUGUCACAAGUUGCAUGUACUCAUCCUGUGUGCAAUAGUGUUUAACAUUUGUAAGGUCUCUGUCGAGCACUUGAAUUUCAAACACAGAUUAAUCCAAAGACCAGGGAGGUUUUCCAAGGGCACCUAUUGGUAGAUGGGUAAAUCAAAAAAAGCAGACAUUAUAUCCUUUUGAGCAUGGUGAAAGUUAUUAAUUACACUUUGGAUGGUGUAAUAAUACAACCAGUCAUACAAAGGUACAAGCGUCCUUCCUAACUUAGUUGCCAUAGAGGAAACUGCUCGGGGACUUCACCAUGAGGCCAAUGGCAACUUUAAAACAGAGUUUAAAGGCUGUGAUAGAACUGAUGGAUCAACAACACUAACAUUAAUGAGUGAAAAGGAAGCCUGGGCAGAAUAAAAUUCAUCCAAAACAUGGAUCCUGUUUGCAACAAAGUAAAACUGCAAAAAAUUAACUUUGUCCUGAAUACAAAGUUGUGUUUGGGGCAAAUCCAACAUCAGUAACACUCCAUAUUUUCAAGCAUGGUGCUGGCUGCAUCAUGUUAUGGGUAUGCUUAUCGACAAGGACUAGGGAGUUUUUUUUGUUGAGAAACCUGGUUGUCUGCUUUCCAAGAGACAUGGAGACAAAUUCACCUUUCAGCAGGACAAUAACCUAAAACGCAAGGCCAAAUAAACACGAGUUGCUUACCAAGACGACAUUGAAUGUUCCUGAGUGACCUAAUUAGUUUCGCCUUAAAUCUUUGUCAAGACUAAAAAAUGGCUGUCUAGCAAUGAUUAACACUUAAUGUGCAAAUAUUAUACAAUCUAGGAGAGCAAAACUCUUGAUGUAUCCAGAAAGACUCUUUGGGCAACAAAACCAGCUAACAUGUGUUGACUCAGGUGUGAAUGAGAUUUCUGUAUAUCAUUUUAAAAUACAAUUACAACCACAUGUUUUCCCUUUGUCAAUAUGGAGUAUUGUGUGUAGUUGGGUAUUUAAUACAUUUUGAAUUCAGGCUGUAACAAUGUGUAAAUAAGUCCAGGGGUAUGAAUACAUUCUGAAGGCACUAUGUAAGAAUUAAGACAACACUUUUUUUUGCCUUCUAUGGUACAUGUUUCAAGUUGUAUUUACACAUUCUGCUACAUUUAUUUGUAUGUUAUUACAAAUCUCCAAUGUUUUUUUCUGUGAUCAGCACUUCAAGGCAUUUUGUCAGAUUUAACAGACCUUUUUCUAAGAAAGACAAUUGUAAAAAAAAAAAAAAGUUUCACAUUCGGAGUAAUGGAGUCCUUAUUUUCUCUUUGGAGAGUUGGUAUUCCUGUUGUUUGAUGAUUUUCAGACAAUCACUCAAAACCUAAUGAGAAAGAAAAAAAAUGUAAUGGGCAUGUGUAAACUGAUUACGAUUCACAGAUAAAGGACUUGCAACACUU